ACUGGAGGAGGGGGCGUGUACUGUCACUGGUUGAGCUUCUGUUACGUAAGCCGCUUGAUGCUGUGACCACCGGGCAGGAGCUUCAAGAUUUGCCCUUCCAGACCUAUUGAGGCAGACUGUGGGCCGAAGAUCAAGCAGUGUUUCCAUAGGAAGGAUUUUAAAGCGCAAAGAUGGCGGCUUCCUUGCUGAGGAUAGGGCGACUUGGCUCUCUCAAGUGCGUGCAGGCGGAGAGCUGGAACUCUUUGAGGAGAGCUCCUGCAGCUGUUGCCCUAUGCACGAAUGCUGGUGGAACCAAGAAGCCCAAGAAGAGCAGUUCAGAGAAAAAGUCCCAGGGCAAAACAUACUUCGAUAUAGAGAAGCUUGUCCCACACAGAACAUAUGUGGAAUUUCCCAAGAAAGACGUGACACCAGCAGCUGCUGCCGCAGCAGAACUUGCUACCACCCCCAAACCUUUUGAAGCAGUUGCCGUAGAGCCAGUUGUCGCCGCCGCUGAAGCUGUAGCAGCUCCCGCUGCAGUCGAAGCCACACCUGUCGUCGAAACCGUUGCUCCCUCAGGUGAAGCAGUUGCUGAAGCCGCUGCCCCUACUCCAGCCGCUGCCCCCAUUGUUGAAGCCAUUGCAGUUGAAGCCAUUGCAGUUGAAGCCGCUCCCGUUGUUGCUGCUGAAGCUGCCCCCGCUGUUGAAGCCAUUGCAGUUGAAGCCGCUCCCGUUGUUGCUGCUGAAGCUGCCCCCGCUGUUGAAGCCAUUGCAGUUGAAGCCAUUGCAGCUGAAGCCGCACCCGUUGUUGCAGCUGAAGCCAUGGCAGUUGAAGCCACCCCUGCCUUUGAAGCUGCUGCUCCUGCUUCAGCCGAAGCUGCCACACCCUCUGUUGAAACUGCCACUGAAGACUCACCUUCUGUCGAAGCCGUUGCACCAGCUGAUGAAGCCCCAGUAGAGGUUGCCCCUGCAGAAGCUGCCCCUGUUGAAGCUGCGGCUGAAGCCCAUGUUGAAGCCGUAGCAGAGGCUCCAGUAGAAGCUGACCCAGUUGAAGCUGCUGCAGAAGAUGUGGCUGAAGCUGCAGCCGAAGCCCCUGUUGUAGCUGAGCUUGUGGCUGAAGCUGCUGCAGAGGUUGUAGCUGGAGCUGCCCCCGUUGACGCUGCCACUGAGGAGCUGGUAGACACCGCCCCUGUAGUGGCGGAGGCUGCAGGAGAGGAGCUGAUUGCAGAGGCCCCGGCUGAUGCAGUACCGAUUGAGGCUUCUGAGGCUCAACUGGACCCCAUCCAGAAGCUAUUCCUGCAUUCGAUCCGCGAGUAUUCCUCAAAGAGCGCGGCUAGUGGUGGUUUGGUAGAUGCAGGCCCUGCAUAUGAGAAGAACUUGGCAGAAGAGCUGACUAAACUCCAGAGGCUGUAUGGCGGUGGUGACCUCACAGCUUUCCCAGAGUUCAAGUUCCCAGAGCCCAAGUUGGAGGAAGUUGCUCCCAAGUAAACAUCACCAGUCAACUUUUCUGUUGUCUUUUCCUGUCAAUCUGUUCUUUGAAGUGGACAUCUAGUAAUAAAUUACGUAGGCUACUAUAGCAAAUCAAGGCUAAAAUAAUCAUUAAUUUUGUUUGUGUGGUAUAGAGAUGUUUCCGUAUAUCUAGAGAUUCUCUUGCAAAUUAGUCUGUAUUAGACGCAUGUGUUGGAGGACAAGCUGAUGCUGCGCUUUGAGCUGUGAAAUAUGCUUUUGCAUAGGAUGAAGAUCUAGAAAUGUUUAAGUUGGAUAAGGGGAAAAAUAAACUGAUCCAUAUUGUUUUA